AUUUCCAAAAUUUCCAUAAAUCCAUGAAAAUCCGAAAUCUGUUAAUCAGUAAAAAUUGUUUGUUCGUAUAGAAUAACGAUUAAGAAUACAUAGAAGAAAACUUGUAGAAGUUAUUUGCAAGAGUUUUCACCGUUUAUUUCCGUCAACGUUGACGAAUGAAAGUUCGCGUGGUGCGUGGCUAAUAAACGUUAUUAACAAUUGUGUAUGGAACACCAUCACAAUGGGUGAAAACAAAGAGAGAUUGGCCAUAGUUUUCUUUGAUGCGCGCAGAUAAAAAAUAAACGAGUUGUACGGUUUGCUGGCAACAGAAAACGUCACCUUAUAAAAAUCACCGCUCCCAUCGUCUGCGACGUUACUUUAGUUCUUCUCAUGUCGCGAAGUACACGACUUUUCUCUUACACGAGAACUUACAAUAAUUUUUUCUUUGUACGAUGAAUAAUUUCGAUUAUAAUUAAUACUUGAUUUGUUUCGUGAGAUACUUUUAGUUUGACCAAAAGGUCCAGUCUGUUGUGUAUAUGGUGAGAAAUUAAAUUAAGUUGACAGAAAAUGAUGUUAAACGCGAAGAUUUUGAUUAUCAUGGGAUUAGUGAGUUAUGGGGUUAUUGCUAGAAACAUGGAAGGCAAUAAAGAGCUUCUUAAGGAACCAAAUAAUAAGAAGAAUGGAGUUUCUAUGUUGAUGGAAAUAGCGAAGGAGCUUGUACAAAGAUCCUCGACUAGUAGUCAGGUAUUGAAUCUGAAUUUAUCAAAUUUGUUAUUACUUUUGGUAUUGAAAGCAGUCGUAUUUGGAGCAGGAUAUCUAGGCCAUCAUGGUUACAAAGGACGCGACUUAGAAGAAGACAUACGAAAUAUUGAAAAUAAUAAUAUAUUUCUAGAAAAUGUGGUAUCUGAAGCUGAAGUUACGUUGGCAUUAGGAUACUUAAUGGGAGAUACCUGUCUGUAUAGAGCAGCUUGUGAAGAACCUCACGUCGCGAAAGAAUAUCUAGGAGCUGCAGAAAUGAUCAUCCAAACGAUAAAAUUGCUACCCCAAGGUUCGUCGAUUGAAGGGAAGUACCAGCAAAUAGUGACGGAAUUCCGAAAAGCCAUCGAACAUGGUGUUGCAGAUAAUUGUCCGCCUCAAUAUACUUGCAAGAAAGAGAAUAUUAAGAAUUUUUUGAAAGAAGAGGGGAAAUGAAAACAUGCUGAAUUAAUAGUUGAUGCUCUGGAAGAACCUAUAGUAUUUGUUGAAUGCUUCCAAAAAUAAAUUGUACGCUUCUAAAUGACUCCUUUAAUUUUUUACCAUUAUUACAUUUGUCCAUGGAGCUCUUUUUUGUUAUUUGUCGAUUUGAUAAUUAGUGUCAAUUGAAAAAAACUAACCUCUAUCAAUUUUCCUUUUUUAAACAAAUUGAUCAUUUUUCUAGUAACGUCGUAGAUUACAAUGAUUGUUAGGCUUUAUAUAAUUAAUUUCUGACAGUGUAAAAACCAAAGUACUUAGGUGCACUAAGAAUUGAACUUGAAAUAUUCAGAUUGUGCUGAAAAAUUU